AUGUCCUCCCACGCCCAUGAUGACCAGGCGCCUGCCCUGGAGCAGAGUCAGUCUACGUCGAAGAAGGUUGAUGAGAAGAUGAUGGUGGCCGAAGAAGCAUCGAAUGGAGAGUCACUCGACGUGGAACUCGACCCAAAGAUGGAAAAGAAGCUGCUUUUCAAAUUGGAUCUUUUCUUUGUGCCAAUCAUCAUGCUCACAUACCUAUCCUGCUUUCUGGAUCGAUCUAAUAUUGGAAAUGUCAAGGUCGCUGGUAUGCCUGCGGAUAUUCACGCGUCAGACAGCGAGUUUUCAACAGCCGUGUCAAUCUUCUAUGCCACUUAUGUAGUAUUUGAAUCGCCCUGGGCGGUACUCAUGAAGAAGCUUACACCACGAAACAUUUUGACUGGCCUCUGUAUCGUGUGGUCCCUCACCACUGUUUUUACCGGCUUCAUCGAGAGUGUCGGCUCACUAUACGCCACCAGACUCAUUCUGGGUGCCUGCGAGGCUGGGCUGUUCCCUUGCUUGAACCUGUACUUGACGAUGGUCUAUCGACGUGAGGAGCAAGCUAAGCGGGUCUCCUAUCUGAUGAGCUGCGCUGCCAUUUCUGGAGCCGUGGGAGGUCUGCUGGCAUAUGGGUUGUUGCAGAUGGAUGGGAUAGGAGGAAAGGCUGGAUGGAGAUGGGUGUACAUCAUUGAAGGUCUCUUCAGUUUUAUCAUCGCCAUCCUCAUUUGGUUCGGUUUACCAAACAACCCUGAAGAAGCAUAUUUCCUCACCGAAGAAGAGCGCUGGAUGAUGCGUGUACGCAAUGAGCAACGGAGAAAGUACAUGGGCAGUGAGGAGUUUAGCUGGGAGGAGAUGCGUAUUGCCGUGACUGAUCCAAAGCUACUCUUCUCUGCGAUGGUCCAGUUCUGUCAGGACAUCCUUCUCUACGGAUUCAGUACUUUCCUGCCAACCAUUCUCAAGAGCAUGGGCUAUGAUUCUCUCAUGAGCAACGUCUUGACCGUACCGGUCUAUAUCUGGGCUGCUGCUAUCUUCAUCGCCAUAGCUGUGUGUGCCGAUCGGUACUCCAAGUUCGCAUCUUUUAUAUUUGCAGUGAACAUUUUCGGUAUAGUUGGUUACAUCUUACUAUUGACAGUCAGUAGCACUGCUGUCAAAUACUUCGCAUGUUUCCUUAUUGGAAUUCCGACAUAUACCGCUGUCGGUCUCAACCUUGCGUGGCUCAAUGUGAAUGUCGCACCUCAGUACAGACGCGCUCUGGCAAUUGGACUACAACAGACCAUAGGCAACUGUGCAGGUAUUGUUGCUGGUCAGGUCUAUCGAACGUCUCCAUACGUCCUCGGAAACUCUUUCUCCUUGGGAUCGAUAGUUGUUUCCCAGGUAGUUGUUGUUUGUCAUGGACUCUAUCUUCGACGCCAGAACAAGCUGAAGGCGCAGAUCGAGAGUGGGGAGAAGGAGGAUACUCGUCGUAUUCAUACGGGCGAUGGAGCUGUGGACUUUAAAUACCAUUAUUAA